AUGCCGACCCGGCAAGAAGUCUCCUACUUUGGAGCUGGUCCAGCUCCCUUGCCGACCCCCGUGGUCGAGGCCGGCGCAAAGGCCUUCGUCAACUUCAACGACUGCGGACUCGGUCUCGGCGAGAUCUCGCAUCGCUCCCCCACCGCGAACAAGAUCCUCGAUGACGCCAAGGCCAACCUAACCGCGCUCCUCGAUAUCCCGGAUAACUACGAGAUCCUGUUCAUGCAGGCCGGUGGCAGUGGCGAGUUCAGCGCUGUCGUCCACAACCUUGUCUCUGUCUGGGUUGAGCGCCGACGCCGCAGGGCUGAGGCCGAGGUGCUGAAGGCCAACCCCGGUGCAGAGAAGGCCCAGGUGGAUGAAUUGGUCUUCCAGAGGCUGCAGAAGGAGGUGGAUGAGGAGCUGAAGCUAGAUUACCUCGUGACUGGAUCCUGGUCGCUCAAGGCUUCGCAGGAGGCUGCCAGACUGGUCGGCUCUAAAUACGUCAACGUCGCUCUGGACGCUCGGAAGACCAAUAAUGGCAAAUUCGGCACGAUUCCCGCUGAGAAUACUUGGUCCUUGACCCCUACCAAGCGUGAGGGUGGCAAGGGCUCUGCUUUUGUCUACUUCUGCGACAACGAGACUGUGGACGGUGUGGAGUUCCAGAGCUUCCCCAAGGUUCUUGAGGCUCAAGGUCAGGACGCAGAGGAUGAGCGCCUCGUUGUGGCCGACAUGAGCUCCAACUUCAUCAGCCGGAAGGUUGAUGUCAGCAAAUAUGCUGUUAUCUUCGGUGGCGCCCAGAAGAACAUCGGUGUCACUGGUAUCACUAUUGCUAUCGUUCGCAAGGAUCUUCUCCCUCCCCAGACCGCGACUCCUCCCGCUGCGCUUCUGCACCGGCUUAACAUCGGCGGCCUCCCCGGGCCCGUUGUGCUCGACUAUGCCACUAUUGCCAAGAACAACUCUCUCUACAACACCCUCCCCAUCUUCAACCUGUGGAUUGCGGGCCAAGUCAUGGCCAACCUCAUGACUGCUUUCGGUGCUCAGAAGGUCAGCGGCCAGCAGCAAAUCGCCGAUCACAAGUCGGACCUCAUCUACGGCGCGUUGGACAAGUACCCCCAGGUGUACCGGGUCGUUCCCGAUAAGAGCGUCCGCAGCCGAAUGAAUAUCUGCUUUCGCGUCUGCGGCGGAGAUGAUGCCAAGGAGAAGGAGUUCAUUGCGGGUGCGGAGAAGCGCCUCCUCCAAGGUCUCAAGGGCCACCGCAGUGUUGGCGGCAUGCGUGCCAGCAACUACAACGCCGUUCCCUUGGAGAACGUCCAGAAGCUGGUGAAGUACCUGGAGGACUUCGCCUCGACCCAGUAA